AUGCCGUAACAAGCGUGGACUUCCAUUCAGAAUGCGGAAAAUCAAUGAGGUCAGCCACUCGAUCAGGUUCCCCUAUCUCUGAGAGACAGCGGAAGCUUGAAGAUAGACAUGGCAUACUGCGGAUCCAGGAAAACAUCUCCUUUUUGGAACGGCCCCAAUCCGAGGGAAUGCCCAGGUAUUUACCAUACUUACUGAGAAUAGGGACUCUUAAUUCUUGUGCAAGAUUUUGUUGUAAUGAAAUAGGACAGUAUUUGCUGAAAAACACACCAGAUUUGUUUCUAUUAAUGAGCUGGCCUGUAGCAACACAAUAUUGGUUUAGGAGAUUGGCAAGGUUAUGGCAUUCAGAUAGAGUUGCUUUAAGGAAAAAUACUGAAUCAUCAGCAAAAAAGAGGUGAGAUAAUUUAGGACAGUCUCGAUUGAAUUGAAUCCCCUUUAUAUGGCCAAUAGCAACAGCUUGAGUAAGAGUAGUGGAUAGGGCAUUUGCAAUU